CCCCAGCCGACACGGAUCGCGUCCCGCCUCACAAGCCGGAGAGGAUCCACCGAGUCGCUGCUGCACAAUUUUUCACCCUACCCACCCUCCCCCCCCCCCCCCCCUCCCGCCCCCUUAUUGUGCGCGCGUGUGUUUUUUGUGAAAUUUGUGUAAAGGCUCGCCAGCAGUUUACCUCACCCGAAAAACAAAAAAAAACCCUCGCUCGCUCGUUACAGCUUUUGUCGGAAGAAGAAGAAGAAGAAGAAGAAGACGCAACAACAACAAUAAUGUUCCGAUUUGUGCUGCUAUCAACGCUGCUGGUGGCCUCCGGUGCCCUGGCCCAGUACGGUGGUAACGGUGGUUACCACCGGGACCCGAAGACGGCCGCCAUUCUCAGCGAACAGCGCUACCUGUCCGGGGACGGCAAGUUCGGUGCCGCCUACACGCAGGAGGACGGUACGGACUUCAAGGAGGAGACGGACGCGGACGGUAACCGGCGCGGUUCGUACAGCUACGUCGAUCCGACCGGCCAGCGCCGCACCAUCUCGUACGUGGCCGGCAAGAAUGGAUUCCAGGCGUCCGGUGACCACCUCCCGGUAGCACCGCCGGCCCCGGCCCAGCCAGCACCACAGCCCCAGUACCAGCCGGCCCAACCCUCGUACACCGGUGGUCGUAGCUACGACCAUGACGAUGGCCAGUACGAUCCCCGCUGGAACGAUCCCAACUUCAGCCAGAACCAGUACGGUGCGGCCCCGGCCCCGGCCCCGGUCCCGGUCCCGGUUGCCCCGGUACAGCACCACCACAACUACCACCAGCAGCAGCAACCGGCCGCCCCGGUUGCACCGCAGUACAACCACCACUACGCCCCAGCGCCCCAGGCACCGCAGGCGUGGACCACGACCCCGGCACCGCACCGCUUCCAGCCGCCCGGCAAGCUGCAGCUGAACCGAACCCCGGACGGUUACAGCUACACCUUCAACAAGGUUUAAGGCCGUGGAAAUGGUGGCGGGUUGGGGGGGGGGGGGGUGCAGAUUCCCUUUUCCAGCCCUCCCUCCCCGUUAUCCUCAAACCCUACGCACAACCUUGCGCAUUUUUUUUUUUGUGUGUCGGAAGUAAGCGUUACCCCCACCCACCCCCUCCCCUUCUACUACCCCUUACUCGGGUGCCACCCUUGUAUUAUGUAGGAAUGCUUUGUGAUAUGAUUAUAAGCGCGAUGUUUGUGUUGAUUGAGAUCCCCAACCCCCCGCACCACCCCAAAAAAAAAAAACCUCCACCAUCAACCCCGCAUUUUGCAACCCCCUACACCCCCCGCCCCCUCCAAGAUCUCCUUUACCACUGGCACUAUAUGGCUGUCGCUCAGAGAGUAGUAAGUGCUUGUUGACCUUGGCGUUAUUAAAUUCCCACCUUGUUCCACGACCCCCCCCCCCCCCGCCCCUUGGAUGUUGUGGUCUGUUGUGUGGUUUGUGUGUGCGGGCGCGCGCGCACACGCUCAAACGGUAUGCGGAAGUAUAGGUAGGACAACAAAAAAAAGCUAGCUGAAAACUUUAACCGAAAUACAUGAAAUCGAACUCCACUCCA